AUGGGCACUGUGAGCUUUCUGCAGUUAUGCAGCACCAAUACGAGCAAUGUUUCAGAGCAUCGCAGGACUCCUUCAUCAGACAUGUGUACGUAGGAACAGGGGCGGACUGACAACUCAUGGGGCCCCCGGGCAAUAGGGGAUCAUGGGGCCGCUGUGUCCUUGCCCACACUCAAAAAAGCCUAUAAAAAGGUACCAGGGGCAUUUCAUGGGGCCCCCUACUGACCCCGGGUCCUCGGGCAGUGCCCGAGUGCUCGAAUGGUCAGUCCGCCCCUGCGUAGGAACAUUAUACUGCAAGCCCCUCUAGCCUUUU